AUGCGCAGGCGCGAGGGGCGGAGCCCGCCGCGCGCGUGGGCGGGGCCUCGAGCGGCGCGGGAAGAUUCCAGACGACCUCGCUACCAUCAGGGACGGAGUGACUUUGACGAUUUCUGGGGUCCAGAAGAGGGGACCCAUCCCUCAAAACCCUCCAAGAGCCUCAGGCUUGGAGACUCCAGCCAGGACCCCCAGAGUGACAAGGUGGACCAUUUCUGUCAUCCUGAAGAGUCAGAAGACAGCUCAGGACCUCCUGUCUCUGCAGAGCUGAGACCCAGCUCUCCUAAUGCAGACCCCAAUGUCCUCCAGCCCCUGGAACAGCUGGAAAAGGAGUUCAAUCUGCCUCUGUCCCAGAGCUCGGUCGGGAGAUUCGUCCCCCAGUUUGCCAAAGCCAGGAAGACAGGAGCCAGGAAUGUGGGGGCCGGAGCAGAGGCCGCCCCGAGCAAACGUAGGCUGGGUCGGCUGGAAACUCUGCCCCAGCCAGGUGCCCAGCCAGCUGGCACCCAGCUGUUUGGGGAGCCCCAAGAGCUCAACCUCCAGGAGGCCAGGGGGCUGGGAGAGCAAACACAGGCAGAUGACCCCUGCUCUGAGCAGCCUGGCUUGAAGUUCGUGACUCCUGUGCCCGGUAGUGACGAUUCUCCACCGGAGUUCUGUCCCCAAGUGGGACUCUGCGACCUGGAGAGGGCCAGCUUGCAUCCCGUGUCAGAACUGGGGAACAGCCAUGAUGAGCCUGAGGCACAGAGGCCUCAAGGUCCAGCUGAUGGGGACCAGAAUGAGUGCCAGCCUGGAAGUGCUGAGGAGGAGGAGGAAACAGAAAGUGGAGCCCCCCAAGAUGGAACUGAAGCUGCUCUGCCCGGGAUGGAGCAGGAAGAAGGAGAUCACAUCCCAGGCUCUCCAGCAUCCAUUUCUGUCCUGGGCUCGGCUCAAGGCCGGGGCUCUCCCGCGCCAUGCAUGAAGACCCCUUUACUGGUCCAGGGCAUCCCUGAGCCUCAGCAGCUACACAGCGAGACCAGGGGAGAAGCGGAUCAGAGCUGUCCUCUGGGAAGUGCCACCAUGGAGACCCUUGUCAUCACAACCCUCAGCACAGACCCAUGGGUGCUGGGACAGAGGACGCUGGAGGAGGCCGGGCCUCCCGCCUCUCCUGACAACCAGGCCCCUGACCGAGACAUCAGCUGGGCCCUGCUGGGCAGCAUGCCUCCGCCUGAGGAGGCCACAGGAGGCGGAGGAGGGGCUGAGCUGGAAGGACAGCCCCCCAGCGAUGCCUCAGCCCUGGGGAACCGAGAGCCCAUGGCGGAUCCUGGGGAUCCGGGCCUGGUAAUCCUAGAAGUGGGUCCAGUGGUGGAUCAGACACAAGAUCCCCGGGGAGGAGGAGUCACUAGUGCACUGCCUUCACUGGUGCAGCCUGCACCUGGAGAGCCAGCCGCGGUCCCCAGCCAGGGCCAACAAGACCUCGGGGAGCUCCAGCCGUCCCCCCAGGUCCCCAGCCUGCUGGAUGACAAAGACACAGGAGAUAGCCCUCUGCAGGAGACCGCAGCCUGCCCGGGCAGCACAGACACCUCCCCACACUCGCCAGGGCCACCCCAGCUCUCUCAAGAGGCUUCUGCAAGCCAGGUGUUGUGGCCGGAAUCCCCAGCCAUGGACCUGGACUUCCUGUUGGACAGUCAGAUCCAGGAUGCCCUGGACAUCCCCGAUGUGGAACUCCCCUCUGAGCAGGGUUUUCCUGAAGGGACGACACCAGGUCUCGCGUGGCCUAGCCCCAGCCCAGGUGCCACCCUUGGAGCUUCAGUUAAAAUGACAGAGGCUCAGCCGAGGCCCGUGGGGGGAACCCAGGUCCCCGAGGCCUCUCUGAUGGAGGAUGCUACCAACAUCGUGCGUGGCCUCAUCAUGGAACUCUCCAACCUCAAUCGAUUGAUAAUGAGCACCCACCGUGAUCUUGAAGUCUGCAAGCGCCUCAGCUCCCGUAAGACAAAGGCACCUCACAAAGUCAAGGGGGCCCUGGGGGAGCAGGGCUGGAGGGUGCUGUAGGCUGCUCUCACUGACUGGCUCACCCAGCCACGGCCUGGAGUUUCCAGGCAGGAGCACCCAGCUUCCUAAAUCCUUGCUCCCCUGCCUGGGUCCCAGAGACCUCCUCUUAGCAGACAAGUGAGUUUUUCACAGGU